AGUGGCCGCGUGCAGUCACAUGGAGUUCGUGUGAUGUUUCACAUUGUUGUGGCACGUGUGUGGGCAGACUGCUAUGAGAACAGGCGAUACAGGGGGCUGUGAUUCUGACAUUCACCUGCACGUGCCACAUUCCUCUACAGGCAAUGAUACCAAGAAUUGACAAUACAUAUAUGGAGGAUUGUUGUGACAGAAAAUGGUUUCCAAGCGAACAGAUUGUUACUAACUAAACAUAUUGACAACAGAAAAUAGUGGAGUAGGAUUCCAUUAAUUGCAGUAGUAUACACACGAUGAAACUGUUUCGAUAAACAGAUAAAAGAACAUACUGCGAUUUAACUAUUUUCUGUGCGUGUGUUAUAUCGUACCUAGAUAGUCAUACAACAAAGGGAAAUAAUCGAAUUGUUGUCACAUUUUGUUGUUCAUAUUCAUUCAUCUAUACAUGUAAACCGGUUAUGUGAUUUUAUUUUCGAUGAUACAUGAAAUUGUUAUGAUAUAAUACUAGUCGAAAGGAAAGUUAUCACAGAAUAAUUUAACAUUGAACGUUCUCUAUCGUAGUGUCACAUAGAUGUGAAGCAGAUGAUAUUAAUCCCUAUAUUAACUUUUUAAUUUCCUAAUGCAGUGCUCUUCUGUGUUCAUACAACAGGACAUGACGUAAAAACAUAUAUUUUCCAAACGCAGUGCAAUAUACCAUACCUCAUGAGGUAAACGCGUUUAGUGUUUGCUGGCAACGUCAAUGCCAAAAACGAGUGCGCCUAGAAAAGAUACAUAAAAAUAAAUCUUAAAUCAAUAUAAUUAACAAUUUCAAAAUUAAGAUUAUAACCUGUUGAAGAAAUUGAUAAAGAUUCGAAAAUCUAGAGAAUCAGCUGUUACCUUUACCUAGACAUGCAAAAAUUCCACGGACUCUUCAGCAACAGCGAACUUAAAAUCUUAAGUAUUUACAUUUGCCUCAAGUUAGCGGUUUCAGUGUAUGUAACUAUGCAGAAGUUCGAGUAAUGGUCAUAAUGACACAGUGUAAUCCAGUCGCAGAUUUAAUCUAUUCAAAUUUUCAAAGGUACUAGAAGUUGCAAAGCUAAGCACAAUUUCAGAAAUCCAAACAGGUAUUAUUGCUGGACUAGAAUAAAAUGACAAUUUAAAACAUGUUUCAAGAAUUAGAAGAAUGUCUGAUAUUGUCACCAAUUUCCAACAUCGAGAAAUACCGUCUUUAAAACAAAUAAAAUUUCAUGUGGAUAUAAUACAGUGAUACUAAAUAAACAAUCAAUUUCCUCGCCGAUUUGACUGAUACAAAUAUAAAAUUAAAUCUCUACAAAUACUUAUUAGUGAACAAAUGUAAUUUUACCAUUACAAAUUCAACAAAAAUGUCGACAUAAUUCAAGGAAUUUCAAAGACGUCGUCAUUUAGAAAACACAUACUGCAGCUUCGAAAUAACCCCCGGAGAAUCCCUUUGUUUUCUUCAUUUGGGCAGUUUCCACAGGGAUUGUUUAGCGAAUCUCUAGUUAAUUUCAAAUGCUCGAAUCUCUUCAAAGACUGCAGUGAGUUGUAAAGUGUCGCCCAAGACGACUAGCAUCAUGUUCGGCAUGGACAACCUGGAGCUGGAGGCCGUGAACCGGCAGUUCUUGCUGGAGGCCCAAGGUUACAUCGGAGGUGGGGGCGGUGGUGGGGGCGGCAGCGGGGCUAGCAGCACCAACAGCAGCGCUGCCGAUCUCUUCCUCUACGACGACUCCAGCAGCUCAGCUGGUUCCACGUAUUCCUACGGCAGCGACCAGGAAAACAGCAAUGCCACUGCCUCCUCUGCCGCCUCCAGGAGCAGACACCGACUCCACAGGAGACGUAGCAAGUGUCCGCAACAACAGGUGCAGCAGAGGCAGGCUGCCAACCUGCGAGAACGGAAACGAAUGCAGAGCAUUAACGACGCGUUCGAGGGGCUUCGGGCGCACAUCCCCACGCUCCCCUAUGAGAAGCGGCUUUCCAAGGUGGACACACUAAAACUAGCCAUCGGAUACAUCAACUUCUUAAGCGAUCUGGUGGCCAGCGACAGAAAUGCCACCCAGGGCGCUGGCGGAGCUCCAGGAUCGCACGGCAUCCACCAGCCACCUCGCGAGGAGCCGAAGAAGAUCAUCCUCAGAGGGAGCUAUGGUUCCCCGUUCACGGCGCACUCCCUGUCCUGGUCCAGCAACAAGGAGAACGGGUGUAAUGGCAUCAUGUUCGCCAAGGUGUGGACACCUGAGGAUCCCCGCUCCAAUAAGGGUAUGACCCACAACGGGCCCACGUUCUCUGUCGACAGCUAAAUGGAGUAGCGCCCUCAACGGCCAAGCCAGAAGCCCAAAGCACGACCCUCAACGGGCAUGUCUCCAGAUACCUGAACGUACAGCAAGGGAUGGAGCCGGAUUUCAUUGACGCUGCAUAACAAAAUAUUGACUACGAACUGACAUCCUUGCCGUAACAUGUGUUGCUGUAAGAAACGAAUUUUUCCACACUCGCAACCAUGAAGAGUAACUGUCGAGUUUACAUGCAAAGAUAUCCAUCAGACAAAAGUUACGUCUUUCAGAAUGUGCAAUUUAUUACGAAG